UGCUGUUAGCAGGAGCCGCAGGUAAAAGCCCAACAUCAGCCCAAUCUCGGCUCAGCUUCACUCGAAAUAAACUCAAGAGGAGCGAACGCGGAUGGGUUUCGCAGCAGCGGCCGUUUACACCUGCGAUCCGUGGAGUUAAAUCCCCCGGGAAGUUGCUUUUUCGGUUCAAAAUUCGUCUCUUUCUGUUUGGAGCGCUAGCCGAGGAAAGUUUUUCUCUCCGGGACUUCCGCAGUUUCGCCACUAAUCAGCUCAACUGGGAUAGAAACACGUCCAGGAGUGUUUCUUCUUCUUUAUGCCGUUCCAGGCGUUCUGAGCCAUGCCUGGCCACAGCAGCAGCAGCAGCAGCGCUCCGCAGGCGUCCCGCCACCACAAACACCAGGGCUCCAGCUCCAGAGCCGCCAAGUACAGUCAGACUCGCACCAUAUCCAGGGACACGACCACCAGCCAGGACUCUUAUCAGGACCACCACCACAGCGAGCACUCCCGCCACUCUGACCUCAAGCAUGGCCGCAGAGGUCACCCACGGAACGGCCGCGGCUCAGAGACCAUCGGCUUCAUACCGGGCUCGGCAGACGGCGCGCCCUCUGGCAGACAUGCUUGCGGCUCCUGUGCUUCCAUGGGCUGGAGCGGCUGCAAGGCUCUUAUCUGCUGUGUGCUGACCUGCGGAUUUUACGGCAGCAGGGAGCCCUGCCUGCCGGUCAACGAGAGUUCCACAGACCAUCCUCCUAAAGCGGGUGCCGAGACCCACCCUCCGAAUGGCAUGGCUGUCACCAACCCCACCUGUGGGGUCCCGCUGGAGUCCACAAAAGCACCCCAUGCCUCCAAGUUGCCCGCCAGCGACAGUUUCCGCUACCCUGACGUGCGUAUCGCCGGUCAGACGGUCCGGUAUCCGGUGGCUGCCCCUAAAAGGAACCGCACCCCCGGCAGAGGUGACACCCAUCGGCCCAUCAGCAACACCAGCCUGUUGUCCCGGGAUGACUAUGACUUGGAUGACCUGAGCGACACGGGCACAGAUAUUGACUCUCUCAUCACCAAGAAGCUCCUGGAGCUGUACGCGCUUCACCAGAUCGACCAACUGGCCAAAUGCACCUCCGACUCCUCCUUCUCCCGCAAGACCAACGAGAUCAGCGAGCUCAUCUACAACAUCGCUCAGGACUACAACCUGGAGGAGCAGGAGGCAGAGUGCAAGCUGGUGCACGGAGUCAUCCGCAUCAGCACCCGCAAGGGGAAGAGGAACAAAAGCCAUCAGUCGAGCGGGCAGCGGACCAACGGGAGGAACGACGGGACCCUGCCUGACAGCGGCAACGAGACCAUGACCUUCAUGAGCAGCGACUUUCCAGAGGUCAAAGUGUCCGAGCAGACGCCGUCCGACGAGCUGGCCAGGAAGAUGAGACUGAACAGCGGCAGAACUUACUCCUCCAGCAGCGCCACAGCCUACUCCCCGUACAUGCACGACACAGAGACGGACUCUUCCGGCGCCCCGCUGCUCCUCUGAAGAAGGAGGUCGGCACUGACCCGAGCGGUUGGUCUCGUCCUCGCUGUUACAGAGCCUUGACCCCGGGCACUUGUAAUCCCCUUUAGAGCUGCUCAUCUUUGGAGGUUUGCUCUCUCCAGCAAACAUUCUCUCAGCACAGUUUUUGUAUCGGUUCGACACCGUCCUUGGCUUUCCGUCUUUAAACUCCUCGGACUCACGUUUGGACGAGCAGGAUUCUGCCGUAUUGUCAAGCCAUAUUUUAUGUAUAUAUUUUCCUGGGUUGUUAAACCUGCUGUGGCGAUGAGCCACGUUUUCUAAAUAAACGGUGAGUCAUGUUUUUACCAGCCUGUUCGUCAAACUUCAUUUGUCUUCUUCAUCUAUUUCCACAUUUCGGCCUACUUUUCCUCUUGUAACUGCUGACACACUCCGCUCCCAGGGUCACUGUUGCACCAGCCAGAAUUUUCCGCCCUCAGCAAAAACAAAACCUGUUCGUCUGGUUCUAGCAAAAAGGAAAUAAAAUCCUGGGGUUUGUCUUUGUUGGGAAGACGGCCGUGCAGAAAGCCUACCUGAUUUAUUGUGGCUUCCUCUGCUCACUCUGCUUUUCAUCACUUCAU